AUGGUCUUGCUUAUAGUAAUUUCAAUUAUGAAAGCCAAUAAGUUGCUUAAUCAAGGUAUCUGGAGUAUCUUGGCCAAUGUGGUUGACACUAGAGAAACUAAGGUCGCCUUGUCUUUAGAGGUUUAUUCCAAGAUAGAGGCAAAACAUGAUGAACAUUUACGAAAAGUUUUGGAGACUAUGAGGUCGAAUAAGUUAUAUGCUAAGUUUUCUAAAUGUGAGUUUUGGUUGAAGCAAGUGUUCUUUCUAGGGCGUGUGGUGUCAAAGGAUGAAGUAUCUAUAGAUCCAGAAAAGAUUGAGGUGGUUAUGAGUUGGCCUCAUCCUAUGACAGUCAGUGAGGUGCAUAGUUUUCUAGGUUUGGCAGGCUAUUACUAUCGAUUUGUCAAAGACUUUUCUCGCAUAGCCACUCCCUUAACUAAGUUGACUAGGAAAGGAUCUUCCUUUAUUGAGGGUAAGACUUAUGAGGACAGUUUUCAGGAUCUUAAACAGAACUUGAUUUCUACACCAUUUCUUACAGUGUCAGAUGGAUCAAGAAGUUUUAUUAUUUACAGUGAUGCUCCAAAAAAAGGAUUGGGGUUCAUGCUGAUGCAGUAG